AAAGAGCAAAAAAACAAAAUUGCGCGUACAAUUUAUUUAAAAUUAACAAAAAAAUAUUCAUCAUUGAAACAUUAAUUAUUGAUAAAACAGACAAGAAAUGGCAGGUCGCGGUAGAGGAGAGUUGCUUCGUCGUUUGCAGGAACAACGAGCUGCAGCCUCUGAUGAAACAAGCACAACUUGCAGCGAUGAGGUCGCCGCUUCGGACAAUCGUGGCUCAAGUAGCGCCAAUGAAAGCAACACGAACCAAUCUUCUGCCGAAAUAAUUCGCCCGAUGGGUCGAGCAGCUCUUAUCGCAAGUGCUCGUGCUCGAAACAGCGAUCGCGGAGUUUUCUCGGGAGCAGAUGUCGAUUCGUCACGUACUUCAUCCGACGAUGCGCCAAAGAAAGAUUUAUCGCCUGUUCGUGCACGUGGUCGUGCCGCGUUUAUAGCUUCGAUGGCACAACAACAAACGCACAGCAUCUCGGGAAGUAGCGUCGCAGACAAAAAAGAAGUAAAAGUCGUCGAAGAAAUCACUUCUGCGGUCGAAACACUCGAACUGGAUUCAGAACCGGAGAAGCAAACGUUGCAUUGUCGCGGCACAAAAGGAGUUACUGUGCCAAUAGCUGUGAACUACAUAAAGCUUCUCACGGAUCCCGACAAAGGCGUUUUCGAAUAUUUGGUUGAUUUUGCCCCGCCAAUCGCCAGUAAGAACAUUCGUUGCAAGUUGAUGGGCAAAAUUCGAGACGUAAUUGGAGAAACUCGCACUUUUGAUGGAGUUACGUUGUACUUGCCGAUAAAAUUGCCUGAAGUUGUCACAAAACAGGCCAUUCAGGAUAUCAAUGGAGACACUUAUGAGAUCAAAAUUACUUUCAGGAAACAAAAACGAUUGUCGGAUUGCGUUCACUUGUACAACGUCUUGUUCGAUCGCAUCAUGAACCGCUUGAAAUUCGUUCGUUUCAACCGCAAACAAUUCGAUCCCGCUGCUCCUCACAUGAUUCCGCAACACAAACUCGAAAUCUGGCCCGGAUACGUGACAGCUGUCGACGAACACGAAGGCGGCAUCAUGUUGUGUCUCGAUGUGACGUUUCGCGUUUUGAACCAACGCACCGUUUAUGAUCUCUUGAAGGAGGCAAAUGCUGGCGGCGACGGAAAUUACAAACGAACCUUCGAACAAGCGGUUCUCGGAGCAAGCGUAAUCACGCGUUACAACAACAAAACAUACCGCGUCGACGAAGUUUUGUGGGACAUGAACCCGAUGUCGACUUUUCCAACGAGCGACGGCAAAGAAAUCACUUUUGUCGAGUACUACAAGAAGCAUUACGACAUCGACAUCAAGGAUUUGCGACAACCGAUGUUGAUGAAUAUCGACAAACGUCGCUUGAGCACGACAGAAGUGAAGGAAAUUCGUCUCUUGUUGGUGCCCGAGUUGACUUAUCUCACAGGACUAACGGAUAAGAUGCGAUCUGAUUUCAAAAUUAUGAAAGAUGUUGCGACAUGUACUCGCAUAACGCCAAAUCAACGCACGGGAUCCCUUCGAACGUUCAUUAAACGUGUUGCCGAAGACGAAACGACGUCAAAAAUGCUUCGUGGAUGGGGCUUGACGCUCGCUAAUGACAUUUUGACACUGCAAGGACGCCAACUCGAAGACGAAAAGAUCCAGUUUGGGAAUAAAGUCAUCAGUGCGGGACCCGGAGCGGAUUUUAAUCGCGAAUUAACGAACAAUCACGUCAUGAAAGCCGUCGAUUUAAACACGUGGCUCGUAAUUUGUGUGCAACGCGACUUGAAAUCAGCAGACAAGUUCAUCGACAUCAUGAAACGCAAUUCUCGCCCGAUGGGAAUUCAAGUUGCUCAACCGGAAAUCGUCAAAUUACCCACAGACAGUCCCACAGCGUAUGUCGAUGCUUUGCGGAAGAAUUUGAACCCGAAAUUGCAAAUUGUUGUGUUAAUUUGCCCGACGCCGCGUGACGAUCGCUAUGCCGCCAUCAAAAGAAUUUGCUGCACAGAGUUACCGAUCCCGAGUCAAGUGAUAAAUUCAAAGACACUCGCGAACGAUGCGAAAAAUCGAUCGAUUGUGCAAAAAAUUAUGCUUCAGAUGAACUGCAAGAUGGGCGGAACCUUAUGGGGCAUCAAAAUCCCCUUCAAAAAAGUCAUGAUUUGCGGCAUUGACACGCAUCACGAUGCCUCGCGUGCAGGAAAUUCCGUUGCUGCCUUCGUCGCAAGCCUCGAUGACUCUUAUACACGAUGGUAUAGUCGCGCUGUCGUUCAAAACAAGAGCGAAGAACUCCUAAACGGACUUACGCAAUGUUUGCGCUUCGCUCUGAAGGAAUUCCAAAAACACAAUCACGAAUAUCCCGAACGCAUCAUAAUUUUUCGCGAUGGAGUUGGCGACGGACAAAUCCAAACGUUGAAAAAUUACGAAAUUCUUCAACUCAAAACUGCAUUAAAGGCAGAAAAGCCCGGAUAUGACCCGCAAUUCACAUUUAUCGUCGUGCAGAAACGCAUCAACACUCGAAUGAUGGCGAUCAAAGGCAACGAACUCAUCAAUCCGCAGCCCGGAACAAUUGUUGAUCACUCAGUGACGCGCAAACAUCUCUUCGACUUCUAUUUGGUGCCUCAAAGUGUGCGUCAAGGCACAGUUACGCCAACGCAUUACAUCGUAGUUGAAGAUUCUGCUAAUUUUGCGCCCGAUGUCAUUCAACGUCUUGCUUACAAGCUGUGCUUCAUGUACUACAAUUGGCCCGGAACAGUUCGUGUGCCUGCGUGUUGUCAAUAUGCCCACAAAUUGGCUUUCUUGGUUGGGCAACACAUCAAAAAGAAUCCAAAUGACGUCCUUAAUGACAAAUUGUUCUAUCUUUGAACGGGGUUUUUGUGUUCUGUUUCAUACGUUAUUGACUUAAAUCACUAAAUUCAAUAUUUAUUCAGUUUAAGUUAGGUUUAAGAUUAUGUUUUUGUACAAAAAAUAAGAAAUUUGUACAUUGUAAGAUUGAUUAUCAACGAAAUUCAAUACACUUUAAUUAUUGAUUGUUACAUCUUCAAAAGAAAAUUAUUUAAAAAUUAAGAUAAAAUACUAAAUUUGUAUAAAAUAUUGGCUAAAUUACUCGAUAAUGUCUAUUACAACAACAAAUCCAAGUUCAAAAUAUCUAAAAAUUGAACAAAAAAUCAA